GACACCUCCCUGAGACUUCACCUGUUCGCAUACACAGCGGCACUUUUCCACCUGGACUUGCCCCCUCCAGCCCAUAUCCAUUAGUCCCUCUGCCACCAGCGAAUAUGCUCUCGUACAUAGGCUGCAGCGUGCUGCUGGCAUCCCUGGCGUUUCCGGCCACCUUGAUCGGGGAGGUGGUUUUUCGCUGCCCGAGCUGCACCGCGGAGAGGCAGGCUGCAUGCCCGAAGCUCACGGAAACUUGUGCGGAGAUCGUGCGGGAGCCCGGCUGCGGCUGCUGUCCAGUCUGCGCCCGACAGGAGGGCGACUUGUGCGGCGUCUACACCCCAAGAUGCUCCAGCGGGCUACGCUGUUACCCGAAGCCGGACUCGGAGCUGCCCCUGGAGCAGCUGGUGAAAGGUCUCGGACGAUGCGGACGCAAAGUGGAGGCAGAGCCCCUGGGAAGUGUUGAUCACCCCGAGCAGAGUGCAGGGGAAGUGCUGGACCAAUCCGUGAUCAGCCUGACGGAGGGCUCAUCUGAGAGGAGGCCCACCAAAGACGACCCCAAGAAGAACGCAGUCCGGCACCACCGACAGGAGCUGAAGACCAAAAUGAAAUCCAACAGGGCAGAAGAAGUCAAAAUUCCUCCCGUAAAGCUGAGCCAGUGUCAACAGGAGCUGGACCAGGUGUUGGAGCGGAUCUCCAAAAUGCCCUUCAGUGAGAACAGGGGCCCCCUGGAAGAUCUGUAUUCCCUGCACAUUCCCAAUUGUGACAAGAGGGGGCAGUACAACCUGAAGCAGUGCAAGAUGUCGGUGCAUGGACAGAGGGGUGAAUGCUGGUGUGUCAAUCCCCACACCGGACGGCAGAUCCCAGCGUCGCCCAUGGUGAGAGGGGACCCCAAUUGUAGCCAGUACCUUGGAGGGCCAGAGACAGAGCCCCCUGUCUCCCCACAGAAAUAGUACGGACCCUGAUCCCGUCACCCUAAGGGAGCCUUUAAAAAAAAUCCAAAAAAAGGAGAUGGAAGAGCCAGGAUUUCAAACAGCUAAGCGAGUUACAGAUGUGUGUAUGUGUUUGCGUGCUUGUGUUGUCUUCUUUGGUAUAAAAUGUAUUCGAUCAAUCCUCAGUAAUAUUGCAAGUUAACAGAAUUGAGUGUUCAUGUCAUGGCAUAUUAAAGCAAAAAAAAAAAAAAUUAAAACAAAAAAAAAAAAACAUGAAGGAUUAAGCAGGCAAAGAACAACCGAUUA